AUGUCCGGGUGUGAGGAGCGGGCUCUGCUGGAGCUCAACCUGCGGAGGGAGUCGUGGUGUCAGGUGGAGAUGGACCCCCGGCAGUCCUGGGAGAGAACCGAGAGGAGACACUACCGGAAGCACCUGCGGACCAGCCCGGUGCUGCUCACCGCUCUGACCGCCGGACCGCAGCGCAGGGCGGCCUGCACCGAGCGACCGGCCCCCGCCAAGCUGCCCGAGAGAAGGCACUUUGAAGAGAGCUAUAAAUCACACCUGGUGUAGCCAACUCCAAUCUGACAAGACCAGACAGGCUGAUACCACAGAUACACGGGUCACUUUUGGUAGUUCAUUUCCAGGAAUAGUGUUGAGCAACUCUUCAACAGGAAUACAAUAUAAUAAAACAUCCAGAAUCUA